UUUUAAUUAUGACUCCGCACUCCGUAAGCGCGACUCUAGUUUUGGGCACUACAUCAGAAAAUGAAUUUAGCUGUCGCCGCAUCAACAUCGACCGCCCUUCUCCUCUUCUGCCGCCGUCGCCUCUUCUUCCCAUCCCGCCUCAAAGCCCUAAUUUUAUCUUCAUACUCAAGCAGGUUGAACUGUAUGCCUACGUCUACAUCGGCGGAGGGUCCACUAUCGGAGUCCAAACUGGAGAAGCGGAACCCGAAUUCGCAGCCUUGGCUUAUCGUCGGCCUCGGAAAUCCUGGAAAACGGUUCAGUGGCACUCGCCAUAAUGUUGGUUUUGAGAUGGUGGAUACAAUAGCUGAAGCAGAAGGGAUAUCAAUGAGCAGUGUUUCUUUUAAAGCCCUCUUUGGCAAAGGUUUUAUUGGAGAGGUUCCUGUUAUACUCGCGAAGCCUCAGACUUUUAUGAAUUUAAGCGGUGAGUCUGUUGGAGCAAUUGUUUCAUAUUACAAGAUUCCUUUGAAGCAAGUUCUUGUGAUUUUUGAUGACAUGGAUUUACCUUUUGCAAAGUUGAGGUUAUUGCCUAAGGGUGGACAUGGAGGACACAAUGGGAUGAGGAGUGUGAUUGAUCGCUUAAAGGGAAGCCGUGAUUUCCCUCGUCUCAGAAUAGGAAUCGGAAGGCCUCCGGGGAGAAUGGAUCCUGCAAGUUAUGUUCUUCGUCCAUUCAACAGAGAAGAACGUGCAGAGCUUGAUUUCACAUUACAAAAUGGCUUGGAGGCAGUGAGAAUUCUAGUGCUUGGGGACUUCAACAGAAGCGCAACAUUUGUUAACAGUGCCAAACCAUUGCAACAAUUUAAAUAGUGCUCCUACCUAAACCAAUAUACUCAUAAUGUGGGUAGAAUUGUAGAAACCAAUGAAGGUUAACAUAUGCAGUUUGAGCUUGGGGAGCACCACGUUUGCAUUCAUUGGCAAAUAUACAAAUAUAUGGAGUAGUAAAGCUUGUGCUUGUGUCAAUGACCAUUUAAUUUUUUCUAAUAGUUUCAGUCAAUAACGAUUUCGGAGUAUCAUUGACUGUGCUGACCGUCCUGUUUCAGUCAACAAUAUCAGCACCAUUAAUAGUUGGGACCCUUAAUAGUUAAUGUGUAAAUGAUGGUAUGAUUUUACACGGUUCAUCUGAGAGUUGACCAUCUCAUUAGACGACACUUACACCGCGCUGCCUGAUGACCAGGUGAGUUAGCUGUGCAGGGAUCAUCAUUUCCCUCAAACAGUUGCACAUUUCCCCCCUCAAAGAGAUGCACAAAUACCACAAGUUCAGCAAAAAAUAUCAUCUGAUACUGUGUUCAGUGUUCAUUAGUUUAUUUAAAUGAAUUUCAAAUAGUACCUUGUUGUAAAGCACAAUACACAUACAAAUGAAAAAAGAUUGUUUCUUAACAACGUUUAGAUCUCUUCCAAACAAUUGUGACUUUGACAAUG